AUGUCGCCUGCUCUGUGUCCAAUGGACAGCCUUCGCAUUGCAGUGGCAUUAGCCGCAUUGCAGCACAAGCCAGCGGACCAAUCCAUUGCAUCAUAUGUUCUUGACCUGCGGGCGAAGUUUUUGCCUCCUGGGCCAACCCCGCCAACCUCAGAUCGGUCUUGGAGGACGCAUGCUCUCCAAAUGGAAACCGAUCUCAAGGCGCUCAAGGCAGAAUAUGAGGCCGAGCGGAUCAAGAACUUCAUCGCCGGACAAACGGCUGCGGGGGCGGGAGCGGGAUCGACCGUACCAUCACAGCCAUCACAACCGCCAUCUGAUUCCCCGCACCCGCCAUCCGUCGCAGCAAAGCGCAAGUCCAAGAAGAAGAAAGAGGCAGUGAGCCAAGCGUCGGUGAACGACAGACCGAUGAGUCUAGAGUCAUUGCUCCCGGAAGGCGAAGGCUUCCAUUCUUAUCCUUUCGGCAUAGAGUCGCUCCUCAGCGUCGUUGAUUCGUGCCUCCGAGUUUUGUUGGUGAAUGGAACGGCGGUGCAUGUGAAAGACCACAUUGCCGCAGCAAUGAUUCGAUCUCUCGAGGCGAUCUCGAAGGAACUUCAACAGGUCUUGAACGUUGCCAAACCCGGUCCCAAUCAUAUCAGGGUUGUGGAGCUACUCUCUAGGAUACUGGCCCAUCUCUUACCUGCUUUUCUGUCGUCGGUUUUUGAACCGGGUAGUGAACAGUUUUCGCCUCGGGUUUUGGACGAGAUCCUAGGCCUGUUCCUAAGGGGCGUUGCUCUGCCAGCGAUCUCGUCAUUCUUGCCGCUCUCGGAGAAAGUCAUUCACAGCUUCAUCCAACCCUUUGACGAAGAUUCUGCAGUAGAUCUCCGUUACGGAGUACUAGACCUUCUACGGACAGCCUUUUCUUACCUCUUCGACUCGAAACGACGGCCCUACGACAGUUCAGGCACGACUGGCCUUUCCGACAUUUUCGACAGCUUGAGAAUGUCAAUCAUUUUGGAGGCCUUGAAAGAGCUAUACCGGAUUCUUUCGACUGGCUCUGAAAUCAUACGCCAACAUUACGGCACGGAGUGGGAACGAGCAGCGGACUCGACCCAUUCCGGUAAACCUCAGAACACGGACAAGACGUCGACCAGUAGUUCAAAAGAUCGCAAGAUUGCCCAACGCACAUUGGCAGUCACCAAACUGGCGACAAAGGACGCGCUCUGGUUCAUUUGUACGACCUUAUAUUCGUUGGCCACUCCGGAGAACCUCGGCGCUGCUGCAGACGACUCCUGGUCUCAGGAUGCUCAUCAAACUGGGGACCAUGGUGUAAAAGAUUACGAAACGAGUUCGCGGCGCAUGAAACAGGCGAUCAGGGAUGGGCUCUUGAACCUUGUUGUUCUGUGUCAGACUGCCCAGCGACGUCCGUGUCGGUGCUCUACCGACGCCCAUGAAGCAGGCAGCUCCAGGGUCAAGUCCACAGAGUCGUCCAAGGACUGCACCCGGGUUCAGGCCGCUGGUCCGGGACGGCGGACGGAGGUUAUGGGCGAUGACAUUGCGGUUCACUCCGUGGACGAUGUAGCAGUAGGUUUGGUGGAUGAACCAGCAUAUGGGAUGUUGUUAGGUGUUGUGGAGCGGUUUUUGGUGACCACACUGUGA